AGAAACUUGUACUAUCGUCAGCCCGGAGGUGUAGUUUAUAUAACGGAAGUACCGUGCGUUCUCGAACCUGAACAUCGUUUGACGCUGAACUACUGAUUUAAUCGCCAAUAUGCCACGCAGAGGACGAAUGAGCUCUCCAGCCCCACGGCGCCCCGUGUCACAGGUUCCAGCUCAACACCAUGCUCCCCCUCCACCUGCCCCACUCCAAGCCCAGCCCCGCCAGCCAGGUCUCAUGGCACAGAUGGCCACCACUGCUGCUGGAGUUGCUGUUGGGUCUGCUGUGGGUCACACAAUUGGAGCAGCUAUGACAGGAGGGAUGGGAGGAGGCAGUGCCCCUGCCCCCCAGCAGGAGGCCCCCCAGCCUUUGUAUCAGCAGCAGCAGCAGCCAGCUGGACCCUGCCAGGUGGAACUCAAGCAGUUCCUGGACUGUGCCAAUAACCAGUCUGACCUCUCUCUGUGUUUUGGAUUCAAUGAAGCACUAAGACAGUGCAAACUACAAAAUGGAACAGCUUGAUGUGUGAAUUUAGGGGAUAUGAAAGGUUUAACUUAGAUGAAUGGUUGUUACUGAAUGGACUUGGGAGGACGGUUUCUCUUAUUCCACCCUGUAAUAUAGAACCUAUAACCUGCCUCAUGGACCCUAGGACAUGCAGUCUGGCAUCAGAGCAUCCAGCUGGAUAAUAUAGUUGUGAUUCUUCACUGCAAGUCGCAGUCAUCUUUGAUGAGAUACUCAUUAACAGUAACCAGAGAAUUUGAUUUGUUUUUGUUUUCCUUGGACAAAUUGGAUGUGCUUUUAUUAUUAUGGACAAUGGGCAUAACUAUUCUGAUCUGACAAUAUAGAAACAACAGUGGAUAUAUCAACAGUGUUGUGGAGUAUCAUCAUGGUUAUGCAGCAUGUCCUCCAGGGAUGUGUCACACAUGUAUAUUGAUGUACAUGGCUGUAUAUUAUAAACCAUACUUUGAACUUUGUUUUGAAAGUUUUCAAUUGUAAAUUUUAGGUAAAAUAAGUUUAGUAAACUUGAUGAAAUAGACGUGGUUCAAGACUAGACUAAAAGAUGUUGGUGUAAAA